AUGGAAGAUCACGGUGUGCAGUUGGCUGCUGCCAAGACGGAGAUCGUGAUUCUCACCAAAAGAAGAAUUCCCUCCUCCAUCACGAUGAUGGUCGGGACUCAGCCUGUACAGACCUGCAGCUCUGGGAGGUACCUGGGGGUGAUGCUGGAUAACCGGCUCACCUUCUGGGAGCACAUUCGCAGGGUCUGCAACAAGGCCGUGCAGAGUACGGCGGCGCUAAGUCGUCUCAUGGCGAACAUGGGAGGCCCGAAGCCGUGGAAGAGAAGACUCCUGUUGACGUCCGUCCAGGCAGCCCUGCUUUAUGGGGAAGAAAUAUGGGCGGACGCUCUUAGGGACCUGGGCCAGUGGUCGUCACGUCGCCAUGGCGAGGUGACCUUUUAUCUGACGCAAUUCCUGACAGGACAUAGGUACUUCCGUAAGUACCUGUUCAGGAUGCGGAAGGUAGGGUCACCUCGCUACUUGCUUUGUGGCGAGGCGGAGGACGAUGUGCUCCACACCUUCUUCGUCUGCGAUUAUUUUGCGGACGUGAGGGGAGGUGUGGAGCGCGCCAUCGCCGACAGCAUCACCCCAGAGAACAUCGUCGGGGUGAUGCUCCAUAGCCAAGAGCGGUGGGACGCUGUGGCGCGGUAUGACGAGUACAUACCCCGCUCCGCAAGCGUGAAGAGGGCUGCCUUGAGGCACUCCCCUCGUGAAGUGUGA